AGAGAGAGAGAGGGAGAGGAAAAGAGAGAGAGAGAGAGAGAGAGAGCAAGUAAGAAAGAAAGGAAGAAAGAAAGACGGGUACGCGAGCACGAAGCGCGCGUUUACAUCUCGUGGCGUGUCUUGCGACAGUACUCCAAGCGAGGAACAGGUACUGACUGUGCGAAUGCGAAGAAACAAGAAAACGGGGACAGAUAGCAGAUCGUGUUGGGGGUUGGGCCCGAGAGGCAUGCCCUAGUCCCGAAGGAGCUCUCUUUGUGCCACGGGUACGAUGUUAGGCGUUAUGCUUUCAACUUUAAACGCGUUUCUCUAAGAAUUCCUUGACUUAGGUCCGGUUUAGUGUUGACGUUCACACGAGCAAGAACCCCGCGAUCUACCUGAUUGGUCGAUGUUUCUGUUCUUGCGAUCUUCAGCCAAUCGGCACACCUCGGUUUUCUCAUCAGCGCCUGAAUGUCAGUCGUGGUCCAGGGUUGUCGCUGGUUCUUAUUUCCGAUUUCGAGUAUGUCACGGAUACAGUUACCGCGAGUAUCGCUAAAAAUUCUUCCAUACUGGGAACCUCAAUCAAAGUAUUACCUCGAGGUGUUCUUGGAUGCGCAUAUCUUUUGCAUAACGUGCAUGUAAACAUUCUAUAACAAUCUCUGACAAAUGCUUUAAUGGACAUGCAAUUACACUAGUUCAGAAUGGUAUGAGAGCUGUGUGUAGUAGUAAAAAUUGUAGCAACAUACUGAAAAGAAUAUGUGAAAAGACAAUCUAUCUGUCAAAAAAUUGAUAUUUCUGUGUCCUAGUGAGAAAACUAAGUUACUGCUUGUUUUAACAAGCAAAUAAACAACCCAUACAUAGUUUCAAACUGUCGCACACAAACUUUGUGAUAAUAGUAACAGUUCACAAGCUUGUUCUGAUGGAAUUUCCAUGUUCAAUGCUGAUUGUGUCACACUUACUUAAAUAGAGGAUCGUUUAACUUUAAAAGCAAUAGUGGAUCUUCGACUAACAGCACUAGAUUUACAUGUAAUUUAAUCAAUGAAAUUAGGUGCAGGUAUUAAUCAAAAGGUGCAAUAGUAUAUGACAUUCUAUCGUAUUGACAUGAACCUCAAUUGCAAAGUUGAGUAAUACUUGAUAAAUACUGAACAAUAUAUAAAUGGUGCAUAAUAAGCAAUGGAAAAUGAGAUAUUAGCAUCAUAUAUCAAGUUAAAUUGUUGCUUAAAUCUGAUAAAAGUAGCAAAACGUUUAAACGAACAUCACCAUUAAUAAGUUUUCAAAUUCAAUCCUGGCGAUAAAAAUAAUUUCGUGAUAUACAAGCAAUGAUGAAGCUGAAGCAUUAAAAGUUCUUUAAUAAUAUUUGUAAAAGAUAUUUCAAGUAUUUUCAUCAUUCAGUGUAUGUUAUGGCAUAGCAAAGAGAGGAAGAGAAAGAAGGAGCUGUAUUCAAAUUUUUCAUGGACGACAGAAGAGAGAAUUAUUAACCCUAAGAAGGAUAAGGGUUAGGAGACAUGGACAGUAGUGGUUCAGGAGUAGUGCAGGUAUUCGUGGGUGAGUGGAGCCCUGAGUACGAGGCACUAUCUAUCAAGGCCACCAAGCAGACAUCUUCAGCGGAAAUAGUAGAAUGCAUUAUCGAGAGGCUAGCAUUGGUAGACGCUACUCUUUCCAAUGGUUACGAAUUGGCAGAGGUCGUUGGCAACUCCGUUGGACAGGAGUGUAAGGAAAGAAGACUUGGUCCCACGGAGUGUCCUGUAGCACUCAUGUUACUCUGGCCAAAAAACGCUGCACAGCAAGAAUACUACAGGUUCUACUUAAGAAAGAAGCAGCCGGAUUAUCUGUGGACUGACAGCAGAUUCCCAAUGGAUCCUCAACUUUUAAAAGAUUACUUCAACAGAUUUCUCUAUCAGCCACGAGACAAAGAAUAUCCUGAUCUUUGUCAACUUCCGGAUCUCAACGAACAAACUUUAUUGGACAAUCUCCGUGCUAGGUUUCUAGCUGGAAACAUAUAUACAUACGUCGGAAGUAUAUUGAUAGCUCUAAAUCCCUUUAAGUUUUACCCAAUUUACAAUCCAAAGUACGUGAAGCUUUAUCAAAAUAGAAGAUUAGGUCCCGACAUACCACCGCACAUAUUUGCAAUAGCGGAUGCGGCGUAUCACUGUAUGCUUAAAGAAAAGAGAAACCAGUGCAUUGUUAUCAGUGGAGAAAGUGGUUCCGGCAAGACAGAAUCUACAAACUUUCUGCUGCACCACUUAACCGCCCUCAGUCAAAAAGGGUCGCAUGGCAGCGGUGUCGAACAAACAAUACUCAGCGCUGGUCCAGUUCUUGAAGCCUUUGGCAACGCAAAAACUGCUCACAAUAACAAUAGCAGUCGCUUCGGUAAAUUCAUUCAAGUAAACUACAAGGAAAAUGGCAUGGUGCAUGGUGCCGUCGUACAGAAGUACCUUCUGGAAAAAUCGAGAAUUGUUUCGCAAGGAAGAAAUGAGCGCAACUACCAUGUUUUUUAUUAUCUCUUGGCUGGAGCCAGUGAGUCUGAGAGACAGGUAUUGCACCUCGAGAGUUACGAUCGUUACAACUAUCUAAAUAAAAGUGGUUGUUACGGCCUCGAGAAUAUUGACGAAUGUCAUGAAUUCUCGCGACUCAAACAAUCCAUGGAGAUGGUUGGAUUUACUCCUGAAAAGCAGAGACGUCUCUUUGCAGUGCUCUCAGCCGUUCUGUUGCUUGGCAACGUGGAGUUUCAGCCAAGAAAAUCGUAUCAUCAUCACGAUGAAGCUGUGGGUGUUAAAAAUCCUGAAGUAGUUGCUAUCAUAUCGGAGUUGCUACGUGUAAAACAGGAGACACUUUUGGCUGCGUUAACUGCCAAGCGUGCACGAGCUUCCGGGGAGACUUUAGUUAUCAACUACAGACUUCCGGAAGCUAUAGCUGCGAGAGAUGCGAUGGCCAAGUGUUUGUACGGUGCUUUGUUCGACUGGAUUGUUCUUCAAGUCAACCAUGCCCUGCUCUCGAAAAAAGAUACAUUUCGAGACCACCAAGGAAACAGUAUAGGAGUGCUAGACAUCUUUGGCUUCGAAGACUUCAAAACGUGUAACAGCUUUGAACAGCUCUGCAUCAACUAUGCAAAUGAGCAGCUUCAGCAUUACUUCAAUCAGCAUGUGUUUCAAUAUGAACAACGAGAAUAUCGCAAACAAGGCAUCAGAUGGACAGACAUAGGUUAUAGCGAUAACUCUGGUUGUCUCAACCUCAUUGAGGGCAAACCGAACGGCCUCCUCUGUCUACUUGACGAUCAGUGCAACUUUCCCGGAGCGACGAACGAAACGUUACUGCAAAAAUUCAAUUCGGUACACAAAGAUAAUUCAUUCUACGAGGCCCCGCAGCGACGAGAAUCUGCGUUUGUUGUUCGCCAUUAUGCCGGUUCAGUGAAGUAUCAAGCUUCCAACAUGAGAGAGAAAAAUUUAGACCUUAUGCGACCAGAUGGCGUUGUCGGUGUCCUCAAGAACUCUUCUUUAGCUUUCGUAAGAGAGUUGGUCGGCGCUGAUCCAGUUGCUGUCUUCAGAUGGGCCAUUCUUCGAGCCUUCUUUCGCGCACAUUUCGCAUUCCAGGAGGCAGGUCGAGCACAUAGACACGGUAGAGCUGACGGCAACAAGACAUCCGUACAAAACAGAUAUAGAACGCCUAACGAGAACUUGAUAAGUUCUCACAAACAUACUCGCCCGCCAAGCUAUCAGAAGCAGCGCAGUGUCUGCUUGCCAACAGCAGCCACGAACGCCACAUUAACCUGCACACAAAUUGAAAACAACGACAGUCUAAACAACAACCGGCUGUCAUGGCCGCAAUUUAGAAACCUUAAUCAGACGCAACACCCAACCAAUCUCACAGCAACGAAGGGUUACGUUAUAAGGGGAAGGGAGGACCAACCUAAUAGUAAUAAUAGGUUCAGGCGGGAUUCUCACACGCCGCUAGAGAGGGUGCUUCCAAAAGACGAAGCUAACGUCAUGGAACGCGCUAAUCAGAUCGUCAUGAAGAACAAAUCGUUUCGUCCGCGCGAACGAGGCAAGAAGGGCCUGAAGAAUCUUCAAACGGUGAAAACACUAGCAGGAAGAACUCAGAGCUAUGGAACCGGCGGACCCGGGAAAGCCAGAAAACAGCCCAUGACAGUUUCAGCCCAGUUUCAACAAAGUCUUCACAGUCUAAUGGAUACUCUUAAUCAAGCCAAUCCUUUUUUUAUACGUUGUAUAAAGAGCAACGCGAACAAAGUACCGAACGAAUUCGACGAGGAAACUGUUCAACGUCAGUUGAGAUAUACGGGUAUGCUAGAGACAGUAAGAAUCCGACAAGCGGGAUUCAAUGUGCGAUUAACGUACGAGGAGUUCAUUCAGCUCUAUAGAAUGUUGCUACCAAAAGGAUUGCUCAGCUCGCAAUCGGACGUCAGAGAUUUCCUCCUUACUUUGAAUCUCGACAGAGAUAAUUAUCAGCUUGGCACAACGAAGGUCUUCCUUAGAGAAUCUGAAAAGAUCAAGCUUGAUAUCGAGCUACAUCAACAGAUCAUCACGAGCAUCACGACGAUACAGAAAUGGUUCCGGGCCUGUCUGGAGAGAAGAAAAUUUUUAAGGAUAAAAAAUGCUGUGGUACAGAUACAGGCUUUCUGGCGGAUGGUCAAUGCUCAAAGGAUCGCCCAGUCGUUACGAGCUCGAAUAGAAGCGGCAACUCAUAUCCAAGCUGCGUGGAAGGCUCACAAGCAGCACAGCUGGUUCAAGAAACUCAAGUCAUGCGUAGUUACCUUUCAGGCUUACGUUCGUGGUAACAGUGCCAGACGAGCAUUUGCUGAAUUGAAGAAGAAGAAACGCUUGGAGCGCGUUGCUGAACUCCAGACCAGCAAAGAGAUCGAAGGACAAGCUUCUGACAAGACGGAUGCGGAUGAGAGCAAGUACGAGGACAAGGGAUACUCGAGAUGUCCUGAGAACGAAGACGAAGAGAAGACCGUCGGGCUUCUACCGUCGCGAACUCUUCCAGUUAAAUCAUCUACAAUUUCGCCAAACAGACGAGAGUCUCAUGAACGUAUCACACCUCCCGUAAGGUUGAACGAAACGAACCGAGAAGCCCUGAUCGAGGCUGGGAUUUCUUAUUCGAAACGAAAGUUAACUCCUACGAAACGCUCGUUAAACGACACAAGCGUAACACCCAAAUCUACAGAAUCUUUCUACCCGGAUGACUUAACAGAGCGUAAGGGCAGUUUAGAGAGUUUGGCGAGCUUACGUAGUUACGAAUCUCAAGUGAGCGCAGACAGCUCCGAGUCACAUUACUCCCAAGAGAAUAUCGUGAGCUGUAAUGCCAAACCAGUUCCAAGCGCUAGGACCAAGAGAGCUGAUCAGACUCCUCUGGUUGCCGUUAAUACGAACCUCAUGAACGCCAGUCGAGUCUCUUCUAUUGGCAAACGUACAGACAGUUCAUCGACUGGCUACAGUGAUGGCGAGACAGACGUUGAGACUCCACUAGGCGUACAGAGUGCACCGCCUGUAUUUAAUACUCCACCGACAUUUCCCAGCCCGCGAGAAACGAAGUAUCAUCCAAGCUUCAAUUUGACUCACAGUCCAAAUGCUGAUAUAUGGCGAAGAAGAGCCGAUUUCUCUUCUGGAAACUACAGCGAGUAUAUGAUUCCGCCGUUACCGCAGAAAGCGACAGUGACUCGUUCACCAAAUGUGUCUCAAUACAUGAACCUCAAUGAGAAUUUGUUGGAUCACUCUAGAUUAGAUAGAUUAGUCAAUGAGACAUCCAAUUUUAAUGUUAAGCUCGACUCCUCUGAGAGAUUUAUUAAAAAAGAAAAUUCAGCCGGUAGAGAACAACGGAGGCUCAGUGAUCACUCUAUGCCUAAUGAUCGCACUGAGAACAUUCCAGAUACGUCUAGACGGGAUCAGAAUUAUAGUCCCAUUAAGGAUGUUCGAGAUUUUAAGUUUUUACGAAGACAAAAUUCCGAAGGAGAUACAUCGAGCAAGAUUGAGUUGACGAAUGAUGGGGAUCCUGGUAAAGGUUCCCUUAAAUCAUCUUCGACGAUCAAGGAUAAGAAUUGGAACGCGAAGGAGAAUUCAAAGUCAGAGCCAGAUGUUCCUGUAAGAAGUGCCCGAAAGAACAGGCCAUCGAGAGAAGUUCAAUGUCGAUCGAUGGGAGAAAGCGUGUCGGAGACCAGCACAGCAGAGGCGAGGAAUCUCUUCCUCGGGACGAUCAAGGAAAGCGACUUGAACAAAACCUCAAACUUUUGGGCAAGGAAAGACUGUUCGUACGAAUCGACCUCGAGGUCGGUGACCGAUUGGCCUGUCAACGAGAACGAGUCGAUGUACAAGAGCCAACAACCUGGAAAACGUGUCAGGUCGAAUGCAAUAACGAGUCUUGAGUUACGUAGGAGGAACUCGGAUCCAGCGACAAAAAUAUCUGCUCUGAACGAGGGCAAGUCAUCGGGAACAGACACGAGUCCGAACGAAUUAAAACUUGCGCCUGGAUUGAAUCUUUUCGAAUGGAAGGGUAACACUCCCUUUACUUUAGCCGGGCACCGCUUUAGGAAGGUCGCAAGAUUUUCUAAGGACGACGUCGGCGUUUGCUGUCAGAAGAAAGUGGACGCUUUCGCUAAUCAAGGCUACAAGUGCGUUGAUUGUAAACAGCUCUACCACGUAAAUUGCAUUCAGAACGGUAUUGUGCUUAAGAUGCCAUGUCUCUUGGCGAAUACGCCUAAUAGAAGGAAAAAUCGAAAGCCGCCAAGAACGCCGUACGACACGAACAAACAGAAUGUGACUUCCAAGUUCAGUUUGACAGGAACGUCGGCGUUCUCCGACAGUACCGACAACAUAAUUUCCGACGCUAAAGAGUUGGCGCUCAUGCAAGACUUCAUUACGAAGAAAAUUUACAAGAUGCAAGGUCAGGAGGAGGGACGCAAACCAAGCGAAGUCGACAGAGUAUUCAAGCAAGCGUUACGAAAAUUCAAAGACGAUUUAGUAAUUACGUACAGCGUCGCCAUUCAGCAAGGCGUGGAAGGAAAUAUCAAGUACACUGAUCUUAUAGCCAAUUUCCUUCACGUAAUGGAGACCGUCUGCAAGCAAGAAAACACCAGCGAAGACUUUCCUGUUACCAUGGGAGUGAAUGCCUUUCGAGGUUUCAUGAACGAGUUCAUGACCCUGGUUAAGACUGAGGCUCCGGAGAAGCAGAGCAAGAGCAAACGGAAAAAGGAAAAGAAACGGAAGCAAGAGGAGCCCAUUCAUCAUGGAAAUCAUCUAUUCCAGUUGACUAUCAUAAACAUCCCAACCGCUUGCGAAGUCUGCACUUCGUUCUUCAUGUGGCCGAUCGAGCGUGGCCUCGUUUGUCAAAACUGCAAGCUGACCUGUCACAAAAAGUGCUACACAAAGGCUGCGGCAGAUUGCGGUAAGGAAGGCGCCAUACACGAUGCCAACUCCAGAAAGGUUUUCGGUAUUCCUUUGUACAAGCUUGAUUGUGGCGAUGGGAAGGUUCCUCUGGUAGUGGAUCGAUUGAUUACUACUAUUGAAAUGCACGGCCUCUAUACAGAAGGUAUAUACCGUAAAAGUGGGGUAAGCUCAAAAGUAAGAGAACUCAAGAUGAAAAUGGACGAGGGCGAGCUGGAGAAAGUCGACUUCAAGAAUUAUCAAGUCCACGUACUGGCCGCCGUCUUGAAGAGCUUCUUCAGGGACAUGCCGGAGCCUCUGCUUACAUUCGAGUAUUACGACGAUUUCCUGCACGCGGGUAAUCUGACAGAUCCGCACGAUAGAAUAUGCACUCUCUUCGCAAUACUGAAGAAGCUGCCCAAACCGAAUUUCGACCUUAUGGAACGUCUCAUAGUUCACUUGGCGCGGGUCGCCCUUCACGAAGUUGACAAUCGAAUGUCACCUUCAGCCUUGGCUAUAGUAUUUGCACCGUGCAUUCUGAGAACCAACAGAACCCUCCCGGCACAGGACUCGCUCCAGGAUGUCGGCCGGCAGACCCGGUGCGUUGAGACUAUCGUGCAGGAAAAGCUGCGUGUAGUAAGAGCGACCCUCGCCGAUAUCAAUACUCUCGAAUCAGCCUGUCAUACGGCGACUCAUCGUUUGUCGAGUCUUCGAUCUUCGAAGAUCUUCAGUCCAGAAGAAUUGAGCGUAGCUGCACAGAGCGCGACGUCCAGAGGUCCGGAUGCUGAACGGGAUCGUGAUCGAGGGGACGAGGAGGAGGCUCUACUCGUCGACCAUAUCCAGGAGAUUCAGAAAGAGAAGGCCCUGCUCACCUCGACUCUACCGAGUCUCACGAGAGCUCCGUCGGACGACGACCUGGACGACGGUUCUCUCGAUGAUCUCGUACCCCCUACGGCCGACGCUCUCUUGAGGAAGAAGCCGAUUCAAAGGCAGAGCUCGGCGGACAACGCUUUUCCUACAAUCAUCAACGUCGACGAGGACAUGGUGAUGGUAUGACCAGCGACGAUCUCCGACGAGCAGCAACAGCAGCAGCCACGCUUCUAAACUACGCCAGCUGAUACGAGCUACUCCAACCGUAAUCAGCGUAGCUAGCGAUAGCGGCGCUAUCUUGUGCGCAUGCGCGCUUGCGCUUCCUUCGACGACUCAUACUUCCGCUUGUAUCGGUAAGCCGUUGCUAGUAACUUAAAAUUAGAAAAAUCGACUUAGGUAGGUUUUUAAAUUUGUUGACUCCACGCAAUAACGUUGAGCUGACGACGACUUCGUUUAGCCUGCGACAUAAUGUGGAUACGCCUUUAUUCUCAUUAUUCUCUUAAUCUUUUUAUUUCACAGUGUCCCUGCCGCGACGCAAGCACGAAGCCCAAAAGUCAGCUCAACGUGAGACAUUUGAACUUCCAUUCUAUUAUUUAAUAAUUAUUGAAUGCAUUCCGUAUCGAAGACUGUCCUUUUAUACGUGGCUCUUUGGAGUACACUACUUUUUUUUUCGGGCAUUCAUUUUUUUUUUAAUUUUUAGUUUUCAUUUAAUCUUUCUUUCUUAACGCUCGAGUGAUCGCUUUCGCUGCGUGCCUUUUUUUUUACGUAGACAAAAUGGUCUUUGACGACGAUUUAUUUUUUAAAGAGAGCCAAAGCCCUCGAACCUCAUCGUUCCUUCAUCUGGCCAAGUAUUAUUAAUUCUUUCCCACGCCCUCCCUGUUUCCUCCUUUG